AUGCCUGUUUUCACCGAAUUCGCAACCUCAAGUCGCCAACUGCGUGUUCUGCCUUCAUUUGCAGAUCCGCUACCCCGUCUGAGCCCUGCAUUUGAGAAAAGCGAAGACAAAUAUGAAGUGGUUAUUGUGGGAGGCGGGCCUGCAGGACUCAUGCUCAAUCUCCUACUAGCACGCUAUGGGCUGGGGGAUGACUCUCUGAUAUGCAUCGAUUCAAAGUCAAGCACGCUGUUAUCCGGGCAAGCUGACGGGCUGCAACCCAGAACCCUCGAGGUCUUAAAGAGCUUAGGUGUCGUUGACGAGCUCUUGAAUGAUGGAUGCCAGAUGCAUCAAAUCGCUUUUUGGAACCCUUCAAACAAUGGUGGGAUUGAACGUACCUCCACUGUACCGGAUAUUGCCAUUAGGGCAAGAUACCCACAUGAAAUUACGAUUCACCAAGGUAGGAUAGAGCGUAUCUUGGAGACCGAUCUUCUUCGAUAUUCAAAACGCGGCGUAAUGCGAUCCACGAAUUUGCUGAGUGUAAAGAUCGAUGAGGAGGGCGACCCAAAGUUUCCAGUUGCUGCAGAAAUUGAGACUGCUCAAGGCCGUAAAGUGAUCAGGGCAAAACACUUAGUCGGGGCUGAUGGUGCUCACUCGAUCGUUCGUCGUAGCAUGGGCCUUAAACUAGUGGGUGAAUCCUCAGAUCAUAUCUGGGGAGUUGUGGAUUUUGUUGCUGUGACCGACUUCCCAGAUAUUCGAAAACGAUGCGCCAUCCACUCCGAAUCCGGAUCUGUCAUGGUGAUCCCACGUGAGCGCAUACAGUCGGGGGAAUAUUUGACACGCCUAUACGUCCAAGUGCCGGGAGUUGUGAAGCCAGAUGACGAUUCCACAAACACCAGCAUCGUGCCGGAGUGUGCCAAACUAGAAGCAAAAAACAGACGAGCAGAAGUAACUGCGGAAAGCAUUUUUGAACAAGCAAGUCAGGCAUUCAAGCCCUAUACUAUCAAGAUGCGGGACGACAAAGCCCUCGAUUGGUGGGCUGCAUAUCAGAUUGGCCAGCGAAUGACGAGCGACUUUUCAGUGAAAGAUUCACGUGGAAUAGAAAGGGUCUUCAUUGUCGGAGAUGCAUGUCAUACACAUAGUCCAAAGGCUGGCCAAGGAAUGAAUGUUUCAAUGAUGGACUCAUACAACUUAGCCUGGAAACUGGCUUAUUCGAUAUUUGGCUUGACACCCGAUGCAAAAGAUGCGCCUAAUAAAUCAGACCGAAUUCUUGAAACCUACCAGUCAGAGCGGCAGACAGUCGCCCAGCAGUUAAUAGAUUUUGACAAGGCCUUUGCCAGCAUGUUCUCUGGCAAAAUCAAAACCGAGGAGGACAGUGGCCUGACUCAUGAGGAAUUCCUGAAUGUUUUCCUGACGGGAAAUGGCUUUUCUAGCGGGUGUGGAGUAGAAUAUAUCGAAGGAGUACUUGUAGACAAGGACUCCCGGGGUGUUAUUGAGGGAACGGACUAUCUUUUAGGGGCCUUGCAACCUGGAAGACGUCUUCCCGACGUCAAGGUGCUGCGACAUGCUGAUGCCAAUCCUAGGAGCAUCCAGGACGAUUUUCUCUCAAAUGGUCGCUUUCGAGUGCUUUGCCUUGCAUCGAACGACCUUCUCAGCCCUGAUGGUAUGUCUGCCAGAGCCUUUAGCGGAAUCGGCGAAAUAUUAUCCAAAUUCCCGGCUCGAGUUAUUGAGCUGGUUGGCGUCUACCCACCACAGCUGCCUGACUUUUACUGGCAAGAGAUCCCAAGUGUCAUCAAACAGCUUGCUGAAAUGCGGUUUCAUGCAGCGUCGAUUGACGAUACGUAUAAAAUUUAUGGUGUAUCUGUCGAGAAGGGAGCAUUGGUGGUGGUUCGACCGGAUGGAUAUGUCGGCUGCAUUGCACCACUUUCAGAGCUCCAAACUGUGGAGGAAUAUCUUUCGCGUGUUGUAUGCAAGAAAAUUUAG